CUGUAAAGGCCCUGUGGAAAAUGGAGCAAAUUAAUUUUGGUCUAAUUUGGAUUUUGUACUCAAGUCCUGGCAUCUAUGACCGAUUUGGUGCAUUGAUUGACCAAAUAUUCACAGAUAACAUCAGUUUUGUGCAAACUUUCCUGAUACGUACUUGAUCUUCAAUCAAUUUAUAAAGUCGUUUGAGUGCACAGAAUACAAUAUCCAACAUAUAUGCCAGGAAUUCUGGUUCCAGAAAAUGCCCCAUGCUCAACUGUAUAAAUGUUUCAAUAUCUGCUUUUUGUCGGGCAUAGAAUAAUAAUUUAGGGUGGUUCAAAUUCAGGAGACUUUAGUCUACAAAAUCCUACAGUUCUUCUGAUUGUGGAUUACUAUAAAUCAAAUGCUAUCCAGAUUCCACACUCUCUGAAGCUUCCUCUGAAAUUUAUUAAAACCACAGGGAUGCAGAGUAGACCAAAAUCUGAAGUCACUCAUCCGACUACAAAACUUUGAUAAAUAAAACCUACAGAAAUUUUUCAUUAUCAAUCUGAAUCAGUCAGCUUACUGAGCUUAAAGGAGGAUGAAAGCAAGCAGAUGAACAGAGCAAAAAAACAAAAUAAUUUAUCAAUUUAGCCAAGGAUAGACUAAGAUGGUAGGUAGCAGUUGGUUUAGUUUAGCUCCACAGAAUUCCUACCAAAAAGAUGUGAGCUGUUUUGUGAGGGGGAGUAAUAGCCAUUUUCUUCUGCAAAAUGUGACCAAUUAGAGUCCGAUACAUCAUACAGAACUGGAGACACACCUGGCGGAUAUCAAAAUCAAUGGCUCCAAUGAAGAGCCCUGCACGCAGCAACUGGUGGAGGAUGACUCAAUACUCUAAUGCCUUCUUGCAUAGUCCAAAAGUUAACAUUGCAUCGCUUCAGCAGCUCUGAAGCUCUUCUUAAAAGCUCACCAACAUCAAUCAAGUUCAACUCCCAACGAGUUAACACAGUUGUGAGUUGGAAUAAUACAUCAUUUGGAGAAGGAGUUUAAUAACUCCAUUGGAGAACUAUAAAAUAUUUUAAGAAGGCGAAAAGAAAUCUUUGACUUUGGACUUUGUAUUAUCCAGAGAUGUGAUGGAAGAAAUAUCAUUCACCAAUGUCACCAUUUCUGGAGACGAUGCAGGUUGUCUUAACCCUGCAUACUGAGGUGCACCCUAAAAUCAGAAUGAAUUUUUCCGACCAUGUUGGAGGGUACGACAUUACCAGUUUUAACAAUAUUUCCUCCCCAUCAGUGAAUUCCACGGCCAUCGAUGAAUCAAUUCCUCACUCCCCUAAGUGGGGGGUGCUGGCCAUCAUUUUCAUCGUGUUCUGCACGGCCCUGGGGAACCUUUUGGUGUGCCUAGCGGUGAUCUGGGACCGACGCCUACAGAACAUGACCAACUAUUUCCUAAUGUCGCUGGCGAUAGCCGAUUUCUUGGUCUCGAUUUUGGUGAUGCCGUUUGGAAUGAUAGUCGAACUCUUUGGGGACUUCCCGUUGCGUCCGGAGUUCUGUAUUUUCUGGGUCACCAUGGAUGUACUGAUGUGUACAGCCUCCAUUUGGCAUAUGUGUACCAUGUCCAUGGACCGCUACUUUACGCUCAAAUACCCAAUGAAAUACGGCCGAAACAAGACCAAAAUGACGGUUGCUCUGAAGAUUCUGUUUGUAUGGCUAGUAUCCAUCACCAUAAGUAGUCCCAUCUGUGUUUACGGAAUAAGCGACACAAACUCAGUUUUCAACCAUGGACAGUGCGUUCCGGCCAUUCGUGACUUUGUCAUCUAUGGUUCAAUAUUUGCUUUCUACAUUCCCUUGACUAUCAUGCUGAUAACCUAUAUUCUAACCAUCAGGAUUCUCUGGAAAAACCAGAAGCUCAUGAAAACCAUUGACAGAUCCGAUUUAAAAGCCCUCCAGAAACACAGCGAAAAGUGCGAGCUGAAAACACUUUUAUGUCCACCAUCAGACGACAAAGAUAAAAGUAAUGCAUUAAGUGAUAGUGACCCAUCCGUGCUGGGAACGCUACUGAAUACCCCAAAAUGUGACAGUAGUCUGCAAAGUCAGACCACACUCCUACCCAAUGGAGGACCAUGUUCCUUACCAAAUCCUUCCGCAAGCCAGAAGUUUCAUUCUAAAUAUAGCAUUAUGUGUGUGGAUAAUGUCAAAGAACAAAAUGAACUGGACAUGGUUCAAAUUAAACAAUCUAAUCCUGUUGUGAGACUACGAAUGGAAGAAAAAUCGACCGCUGAAGGGGAUUCAAAACUAGAUCAAAAAGCCUCGUCCAUGUUGUGUCUAAAAACUCUGGCCGAUCAAGAACCUUCAUCGUUCAGUUCAAUCUGCAGAAAACCUCAAAGGUCUUAUCCUCUGAUGUCUGGUCGUGGAGACAAUUUCUUGCGCAUAAAUUCGAACGAUUCGUUAGUGAAACGGUCACUGGGGAAGGCUUCUGUGUCGGUACACCAAGCAGUGUCAUGCUCAACCGUUAAUACUUCUAACUCCAUCAUAACAAACCUCGUCCCUUGUUCGGGCAACAGCCAUUUCCACAGCUGUAGCGACAUUGGGAAAAAGGACCUCAAACUUGUGGAAUGGAAGGAAAAUUAUUCCAAAAUCCAGAAAGAAAUGGAUCAAAUCCUAAAAGGCGACUUUGACAAAGACGAUUUUGUGUGCAACAGAUUUCAUUUUCUUGCUCAAGUUCAAAGUUCAAAACUCACUCCCUCAGGAUCUGAAGAGUCUGUUUGGAGCAAAGAAAUUCAUGAAGAGCCAAAGAUUGACGAUUCCCAUCAAAAUUCAGCAGAUGACAGAGAUAAUAAGGGACUAAUUGUGAAGCAUUUGCAACAAAUUAGUGACAACAGUGAAAAACAUGCUUGUGAUGAUGAUGACUCAUGCAUUGAUGAGUUAACGCGCAGCGACUGUCAAUUAAUUCCCAGAACCGAGGCAUCGCAACAAUUCACGAUGGCUAUCAACAACAACAACCAUCACACAGCAUUCUCAAAAUGUGUUACGGAAACCAGUCUCCUUAAUGUUCAACAUGUUACGUCACAUGGAAUGACAUUAUCUUGUCCUUGCGGAAGUCGCAAAAUGUCGCAGUCCAGUAUUGACAUCAGCACAUGCAGUCGUCAUUCCACUGCUCUAUCUGAAUCAGGUGAUUCGUUAAAUGACCACUCGGAAACGUCUGAGAGCUCGGAAUGCCUGACCAUAAAACUUCGGCCCGACACCCUACACAUGUGUUCUAUUCCUAAUCAAAAAUCGUCCAGUCCCUCCACUCCGCUUCUCGGUUCCCGUGGUCGACUCUAUAAUGGCUCCAGUCGUCAGCUCUGUAAUGGGACAAGUAAGCAUCACAGUUCAUCGGGCCAUGAACUAAACAACGGGGUGCUGAAGACUCAUACCAUUCACCGCCUGCUCUCCAGGCUGAACAAGUCUCAGAGAAUGAUGCCUGUUAUGUCCAAGCGAGCCACCACCAACGAACGCAAGGCUUCUAAGGUGCUAGGAAUCAUAUUUGCCGUCUUUGUAAUACUCUGGACACCGUUUUUUACGGUGAAUAUUCUCUCAGUGACGUGUGAGCACUGCAUGCAGAACGUGACGCCUGAACUGAUGUCAGUGUUUGUGUGGAUGGGAUACACGGCUUCGCUGGCGAACCCGAUCAUAUACACAAUGUUUAACACUGCAUUCCGCCGUGCAUUCAUUCGCAUCCUGAAAUGUCACAUCUGCAUCAACGGUUCUCUUCGGGCCGCUGAUCGGAGCACAGUUAUGAGUUACCCCAUGUCGUAUACCGAGAGAAAGCGAUACUGUGGACAAGUUUCAAUGAAUCAUCAUUCUCCCUUGUAACUUAAUUCUGCCACGUAAAUUUUUUGACUCCAUUUAUGUGAGUUUUUCUAAAACCUCAAACCCAACCUACCUAUUUGAAUGUAUUUCUUCAAAUUCAAAUCAUUUACAAUUUUUAUAAUCAAAAUAUGGAGGAGAAAAAAUCAAUGUGUUAAGUAGUAUGUAUGAAUUUUUUUUUAGUAAAAAAUAUACAAAACAAUGAGUGUUUGAAUUGUAUAUGUAUGUGCUGGUUUUAAUAUACUGUGAAAUCAUUUUAUGACUGCAAACAGCCAUUAAUGCUUUAUUUACCAAUGACAUCAAACCUCUGGAUGAUAAAAUUCACAUGUUGUCUUUAACUUACACUUUUACUUUCAAUAAAUGUUGAAUUUAUACUGUGACUUCACUUUUUUACAAUCAGAGAAAUGGUGAUUUCUGGCAUAUGCAAUAUUAAAUUUCAAGGGGGAAAAUUAUUGUAUACCUAACAUUGUUAGGUGGAAAAGUAAAUUCAUUAUGCAUGGGAACAGUGAAUUGGAUAUGUAAGCCAUUACAUGGUACAAUUUGGGUACCAAACACGAUAAGGGAGCACAGGGUAUGUGCAAUGCAGAAAAUGAAUAUCCCAUUCAUAGGGGCA